AUGUCCGCAGAUCCUCACUCCCAGAAUGAUGGUGCUCCCGGGACUCUCGGCUCCAACGACAGUCUCCCGCCCACCGUUGCGACUUUCUCGCCCACCAAUAUAUCGGGUAAUUCAUUAACGUCCAAACAGCGGUCUACUAUCAUUGUUCACCGAAAGUCACCUCUCUUGGUAGCGACGCCUCCUGCAGUCACUCGUGCGCUGGCAUACUCUCACCCGUUUCUUCUCCCUCUGAACCGGCUGGCAGGACUCUUAUCAUGGACCAGUGGAGAUCCGUGGGAGAGCUUUCUUCUGGUUAGUGCCUUUUGGGCUGUCACUCUACAUGGUAGUGCCAUAAUAUUAUGGGGAGGACCGAUUCUAGUGGUCGUCGCUUUGAUGCUGGGUCUAUACUCUAGACGGUACUCCCCUCUAUCAUCUACUGGCUUGACUGGGGUGAAACAUAGAAGAGAGGGCUCGGACGGAUCAUCUAGGCCUCACAAGACUCUGGAUGAGAUCGUGGAGACAUUAAGAGAGUUCACGACAAGGUGUAACAUCUUGCUUGAGCCUCUACGCGACCUCACCGAUUUUCUUUCUACGCAGCGCACUGCAACUUCGACUACAACCAGGCCUGCCCUAACAGCAUUACUUACUCGGAUAAUCCUCAUUACGCCUAUUUGGAUUCUACUUACCCUUCAUCCCAUAUACCUCAUCACUAUCAAAAGGGUUGUCAUAACUGUCGGUACCAUCAUCCUGACAUGGCAUUCUAAACCCGCACGCAUUUUUCGAGUUCUACUCUGGCGGUCAUUGACAAUUCGGCGUAUCUGCUCAACUAUUACUGGCCUGCAAUUUUCUUCAUCACAGCAUAGUGGUGAUCAAUCAUCUAAUACUUUCACCAAAUCCUCGCUGCUGUCCUUGACUCCUUUCCGCUCCAAGCAACCCUCACAGCACGGCUCAACCAAGCGUCGCGCAAGUUCAUCGGGUGUGCGGUUCACAUUCAUUGUAUAUGAGAACCAAAGACGGUGGCUGGGUAUUGGGUGGACUUACUCUUUGUUUGCAUACGAGAGGCCAGCGUGGUCGGAUGAACACCUGAAUCCGGUGCCUCCAAAGGAUGAAUUUGAACUUCCGGAAGUUCAGGGCAGCAACUCGAAGUGGAGGUGGGUUGAGGGUAGCGAAUGGCGUAUUGAUGGCUCAUCAGAUCCGUCUACGAAGAAAAGGGGUAAGGGGGGUAAAAAUAAUGAUAAUAAAGACGACGGUGGAUGGAUCUAUUAUGAUAAUAAGUGGCACGAUGGUCGUCGCGGCCAAGAUGGUUGGGGAAGAUAUACUCGACGCCGAAAAUGGUGUCGAGAUGCAGAGCUUGUCGAAAUAUCCCCUGAAGGGGAGACGAUAGAAAUGCCAUCAAAGACAGCAGCGGAUAAUGAAAGUAAAACUAAGGGUGAUAGCGGGAAGGAUAGUAAUUCAGGAGAUGACAAGAACUGCAUCAAAGCCCGCAAAAGACGAUGGUUUGGUAGCACCGACUUGAAAGGAUUCCCGGCCAUUGAACCUGAGCCUUCCAGUUCGACCCAGCCUAUCAACGCCGAAUCAACGUCAGCUUCCUUGUCAAUGGUAGGGUCAAGUCUACCCAAGGCGUUGAGUGUCUCUAGUGGCCGCAGCUCAAAUAACACUAAUGGGUCGAUACGGGCUCGGAGUAAACGGCCUGCCAGCAUCCACACAGAUGGUGACAGACAGAGCCAAACCUCUAGCAUUCGUGAUAGAGAAAUUGAAGAAGCUGAAAACAUGCCUGACAAGUGGGGAAGCCAGUCUGGCAAUGCAGCUGAGAGAGCGGGCAGAGGCUGGGGACUGGGAGAUGACGCCCAUAUGAGUUUAAGCUGA